AGGGGUGCAGCCCAGCGUUGUGGAGCAGAAAGAACGCUCGAAGGGCUCUCCUGACAUUGACAGUCGACGAUUUAAAACCCCGCUAGAAUUUUCACUGUAUAUAUGCCUUGUUUCCUGGGUCCACGGGAAGCAUGAGCCUGUUGGGACUUGGGACAAGAAGAAAACAAGACAUCUUCACAAGGAAAACCAGACACUAACAAAAAGUAUCCCAAAGUCUGAAGAGAUAAAACUCAAACAUGACCGACAGAGGACUUAGGGAUCCUCCAGAGGACCCUCAAAAGGAUUUGGAAAGUGAUCCAUCAAUAAAUUGUCAGGCACAGGAGACUACAGUCACAGCAAGUACCGCUGAAGAAGCUCAGACCCCAAACCCUGCCUCUGGUCUUAACAAAGACCACCAAGAGGUAGAAUCAGUUGGUCCAGGAAGUACAGAUACAGAUGAUCAAUCAGAAGGUCCAGGAAGUACAAAUACAGAUGAUCAAUCAGAAGGUCCAGGAAGUACAAAUACAGAUGAUCAAUCAGAAUGUCCAGGAAGUACAAAUACAGAUGAUCAAUCAGAAGGUCCAGGAAGUACAAAUACAGAUGAUCAAUCAGAAAUUCCAGAUGAAACAGAUUAUAGGAAAUAUCCAAAGGAUACAGAAGGUGAGAACAGCCAGAGUUUCCAGGGUGGAGAACAAGGGCAUCAACUCCCUUCAGAAAGUCUCGGUGAAGACCUCUUGGAUCCAGAACCCAACUGUUCUCCAAGUGACAAGGUGGGAAGAACAGACGCACACUUAGUGAGCAGCUCUGCAGCCCUCCCUGAGCAUGUGAGCGACAGACCCGGAGCUUUGCAGGAGCCACCUGUCCUUGACCCUCAGGAUGCUCAGAGUCCUGAGCAUUCCAGUACAGGGCUGGAGAGCCAGGACACGCUGAGGAAGCGGCUGCUGGCACCAGAGGUUGAGAGACAUCAACAAGAAACACAAAAAUUGGAAGGAAACAAAGAGAAUGCACAGGAUACCAUAAGAAGGAUUAAUAAAAAGUAUUUUCUGAACUAUGGCUCCAUCCUUCUUGGCUCCCUGGUUCUGACUCUUGUUUUGCUAAGUUCUGUUAAUAGCUAUUAUUCCUCUCCGGCCCAGCAAGUGCCCAAAAAUCCAGCUUUGGAGGCCUUCUUGGUUCAUUUCAGCCAUUUGAAGGAUAAAUUUCCAGGCCAGAGUUCCUUUCUGUGGCAGAGAGGACGUAAGUUUCUCCAGAAGCACCUCAAUGCUUCACACCCCACUGAGCCAGCCACCAUCAUAUUUACAGCAGCUCGAGAGGGAAGAGAGACCCUGAAGUGCCUCAGCCACCACGUUGCGGAUGCCUACACGUCCGCCCAGAAAGUCUCUGCCAUUCAGAUUGAUGGAGCUGGAAAAACCUUUCAGGACAGUGAUGCGGUCAAGGAGUCAGUUGACGAGGAGCUGAGCUCUGGGUUUGAGAAGGGCCAGAAGGCUGCUGUGGUCCACCGCUUUGAAUCCCUUCCUGCAGGCUCCACCUUGAUCUUCUACAAGUACUGUGACCAUGAGAACGCUGCCUUUAAAGAUGUGGCCCUGGUCCUGACCAUCCUACUGGAGGAGGAAACAUUAGAAGCAAGUGUCGGCCCAAGGGAAACUGAAGAGAAAGUGCGAGAUUUACUUUGGGCGAGGUUUACCAACUCUAACACUCCCAGCUCCUUCAACCACAUGGAUUCAGACAAGCUGAGUGGACUGUGGAGCCGUAUUUCCCACCUGGUGCUGCCCGUCCAGCCAGUGAGGAGCAUAGAGGAGCAGGGCUGCUUUCUAUAAGCUAAGCACAGAGUUGGUUAUGGUCAGCAUGGGUUUAUUAAAAAGGCAGUUUAAAAGCCUUCCAUUUAUAUGGAAGGAGGUUGACGAAUGUGAGGAAAUAGCCUGGAAAGCACAAAUGAGCUUAUUUGAGAAAAGAAAUUUUCAUUUUUUAAUUUUUGUAAAAUCUUUCUAAUCUAAGCAUGACAAAGCUAAAAGUUGACCUGACUUUUUUUCCUUGCCUUUCAAGCAAAUCAGGUAUAUAUAACUGAGGAAUGUUCUUCAAUCCAAAAGUAGAGCAACAGAAUCAUUACAUGCGAAGAUAAUCUUCUCAGUAACUACAGAGUGACUUUUGUUUUCUUGAGACUCUAAGGAGCCUUUUGGAUAGUAUUUGGACUCAGAUUAAAGCAAUUACAAUCAUAAAACAGUGAAAAUUUUUUUAAAAAUUUCUAUAUCACAUGUUAAAUAUUUUUAAAAUUCAUUUUAAUAACCUAGUUGUGGGAUUACAUCUUAUGCUUUUUUGCACUUUUUAAUAGUAUGAAAAAGGAAAUAAGAAUUCAGAUACUUAUUUACCUAAAUAGUAUAUGUAAGGCACUAUGUUUUUGUUCCGUUAAUGAGCUCUGAGGGAAAAGCAGCUGUGCUCAAGAAAUGUUCUUAAAAAUUGAAAACAAUGGGGGAAUUGUUUAUAAUCACUGCAAAUGAAGAAAUUCCAACUGGCUGUGUCUUUGCUUCAAUUUUCUUGAAUGACUUAGAGCAGUGGUUUUCAGGCUGUCUACUGGCACCCCUCCCCUUUGUAUCAAAGAGGUUCUGCUUUUUCCCAUUUUAUAUAUUGGGCUCCUCCGUAAGAUUUAAUUGGAUUUAAUUGGAAUAAAGAGUUCCACUGAUAAUGAAGUUUGAAAAUCACUGAUUAAGUGAAAAAGCAUCUUGGAAGAUAGGAAAAAAAAUGAAAAUAUUAAAACUCAUGAGUAGGUAGAAAAUAAAAUACAGGUUUAUCAAGAGACAUGCUAUUUAUGAAGAAUAAAGACUUAACAGAUGAAUAGCAGAAUGUAUAAACUAGUAUUUACUAGCAUAUUUCUAUGCUUUUGUUAAUCUCUGUUAUCAUUUCUGUCUCCCCUGAAUGGAAUUUUAUAAUUGUCUACAAUGAGAGUUUGAGUGCUUUAAGCAGAACAGAUUUUAAUAACCAGUUGAAUCGUAGAUUUUUAUAUAGGUACAUUAGCAUAACUUUACCAUACUGUUUACUUAUUAUACAGUGAUGGAACAUUUAUCUAAUGCAGUUCAUUUCUUGACCAGCUAGUUAGAAGUAUGAUUAGGUUAACAAUUAGAAAAAUGCAAGAGAUGUUAUACUUAGUGAGAGGAAGUGGAAAUGGUAGAUAGAUUCUAAGAGGUUUUAACAGCUAGUAUUAAUUGUUGGACCAUGUUCUGUGAUUGUAAGAAAGCUUGAGAAAGAUGUUUAUGGAGACAGUGAUUGUUGAUUUGCAUCUCAACCCCUAAGGCAGAACUUUAGUAAAAUGAUCUUGACCUAAUGAAGGAUUUGUCCCAUUACAUGACAUACCUAGGAACUAUCACCAUGAAUCUGGAAUAUUUCAGUUAGGUUUUGGCCUCUGAAGUCGUGUGACUAAAGUAUGGAAGGAUUUUCGGAAACAGUAAGAAGAUAUAGGGGUGUUUGUUGAUCCCUAAACAGAGAGCAUAAAGACAUGGGGGAAAGAAUCUAUUUGAAAGUGUCUGUCACAGGAAAAACAGAUCUGUUCUAACCAAGACCUGCCAUUGUGCUCAAUUGAGCGUAAGGCCAUACCUAAAGGAACUGUUUUCAUUUGGGACUUUGUGAAGGACUUUUCCGCUAGAUUUGAGGAGAGACCUUCCUGAACAAAAAGUUAAAGCAUAGUGAAUAUAAUAUCAAUCCAAUUUAAAAUCAGCGGAAAUUGAAGAAAAAUCUAUAUGUCUUAUUCAAUAUUUUUUGAUAUUUCUAGAUCUCAGAUGCUAGCAUUACAUCACACAAAACCAUUGGUGCCUUGUAGAACUGGUGCCUGCCGACCUGUGCUACCUCAGAUUUAUAAAGAACCAGUAUGAAGUAUGCACAUCUAAUCUGUCAGUGACUCAGAUCACAGCUGAGACAAAGACUGUUUCAUCUUUCAGUUGAAUAUGGUUUUUCAUCAUUUCCUUUCAGUAUAAUUUAGAAAAUAUUUCCAAAUGUCACAAUUUUUUUUUUUUACUGUUCAGCCUUUGUUAAAAAAACAUGUCUCCUUCCAUGUAUAAGUGCAAUCAACUGCAACUGUUGUCAGUUUUCUGUCCACUAUUUCAAAAAUCAUUUUUAAAAGAAGCAGUAUAUUAGCUCUGUGUCCUCAUGAAUAAAAUGAUUAUUCUUAAAGCAUAAAACUUUAUAUUUUUUAAAUGUACAAAUAAAAUCUAUUACCUAAUGAACGCUUAGGUUAAUUUCUAUUCAAUUGUACCUAUUUUUUACAUUUUUCAAGUUUCUAAAUUUUCUUUUGUGUGUCUAGUAGUUCAUCUUUCAUUACUAUAACAUAGUUUGCUUGUUUGACUUAGAACAAUGCCUUGUGGGCAUGUGACAUGAUAUAUGAUACCCAAACAUCACCAUUUAAUUAUUAUCAUAGAACAACUCUAAUUAUGUUAUAUAUUAAUAUAAAUCACUUCUUGAGUGAUACCAGAAUUCUAGAACCAACUGGUAGAAUUAUAAACUGUCUCUCGACUUGAGUUUUUUCCCCUGUGGGGUAAAUUUUAGGUUUCCCAGUUAGUUCCCAAGGGUUGGCAGAGGAGUUCCAGGGGAUUCAUAUAACUAAAGGUAGCAAUGCUGUUGUUUCUACUUCUAAUUUUUAAAUCAAUAAAGUCAUUUAAAUAUAUUUCAUUUGAAAGCUGCCAAGCUUAUGUGGUAAGGUUCAGCAGGCCUGUGACCCACCAUCCUCCAGGUAAUGACACAGUUGAACAGUGUUAGCAGCUGAGGUGGUUUUGACCCUUUCACAGUUUUUGUUUGUUUUAUACAAGAAACAUAAGGAGCAUUGAUGAUAAAAUAUAACAAAUUCAGCAUGUAAAAGUGAUACUAAUUCAGCAAGAUGAUCUUCACCGGGACUAUGUUUGCAUAUAUCUGACCAGUUUUUAUGCAGCAUAGUCAGGUGUCUAGUACUUACUUCAAAAACUAAUGUUAAGUAGAAGAUAUAAUCAUUAUAGCCGAUUAUCAUUUACUGGGAAUAAAGCUUAUAUCCAUACACAGUUUAUAUGUAGAGAAGUACUUUCAAAUAGGAACAUGAUGCCUUUUUUCUUUUAUCAUCUGAAAAUAAAACAUAACCAUUAUAAAAAUAAACCAAGACAUCUUUGUAAAGCCCUCAAUAUGUCAUUUUAUAAAUGCAGUUUUUAAUCUGCUUUUCCUGUUGAAUGUAUGGUUAAAUAUUAAUCUUCAUUUUAAUAUUUUGUCCACCAAUCUGAGCAUAAUAUAUUUCAUUUUGAAAUUUGUUGAAAAGUUAUAGUGGUUCUG